AUGAAUGAUUGUCCUUUCAGAUUGUAUGUUGGAUGGAUGUACAAUGAAAAAUCAUUUCAAGUCAAAAAUUUGGUUGGAGAGCAUCGUUGCAGUAGGAAGUUCAAAUUUGGAAGUCUUGUUUCCCCUGAAUGGAUAUGUAGGCAUUACAUUACUAAAAUUGCAAACACGCCUAAGAUGAAACUUAGGGACAUGAUUGCUGAUAUCAAACAAAGGUUGAGAUGUGUAGUAUCCAUUGGGCAAGUCCGUAGGGCAAAAAAAUGGGCCACUGAGUUGAUUGAAGGAAAACUAACUAAACAUUAUGCUAGGGUAUGGGAUUAUGCUGAUGAAUUAUUAAGGUCCAACCCAGAUGCAACAUGCAAAGUUAGUGUCACUGUCAAUCCAUAUGGGAAGAACUACUUCCACAGAUUUUACAUAGGUUUCAAAGCUCUAAGUGAUGGAUGGAAAUUAGGGUGUAGAAGAUUAAUUAGUUUGGAUGGAUGCUUCCUGAAAGGACAGGUGAAGGGUGAGUUGUUGACUGCCAUUGGUAGAGAUGCUAAUAACCAGUCGAAAAUGGAAGGAAUGGCAUCAAUAGCGUUGUUACUAGAUGGGUCAAUCUCGGGUCAUUUUGUUCAGCUUCCCGAGUCCGUUUAUUACCAGAUGGGUCAAUCUCGUCUUUUCGUCUCGACUUCAUAUCUCUCUGUAAAGCAACCGACGACUUCAUAUCAGAAGUGGAGGUGGCAGCCUAAAGACUGUAAUUUGCCAAAGGAAAUUGUUGGUGGAGAAAUCGAAGAACAAGAGGCUUAUGUUCGUUGGAGAUUCGUUGAAUAG